AUGAGUUUGUCUAGUGAAGCAAAAAAACAUUUAUGUGAAUCAUUAUAUCAACAGUGUCUAAAUCAAAAGUUGGCCAAAUAUAAUGAAGCAAAAAAGCUUUUUAUGAGUUUAACGGAUCUUGACUAUAAACCUGGCCAUAGAGAACAUACGUAUUAUAAAUAUUUGCUUUCAUCCGAUAAUAAAAAUGAUACCACACUUUUAGAAGCAUACCAUCCUGAAGAGAUUUAUUUUCAAUAUAUUAUCCGGAUAGAAGAAAAAGGCUUUACAUUAGUUGAACAUCCUUCCAAAGUUUAUAAAAUACUUGAUUCCUAUGAGUAUAUUGACAGAAAUCAACCUCUUCGCCCAAUACUUGAUAUUGAUGCCAGACAGAAACCCGAUCCCACCAAUUCUGAACUACCUUCUUUAGAUAGUGAAAAAAUUUCUCGUGAAGAUUUAAUGUCUAAAAUAUUGAUUGCUUAUAUAGAUGCAUUAAGUCUUAUACCAGAAU